AUGGGUGGUGUUGGCUGGAAAGCUUUUGGUAGCAACAUCUCCGGCAGUGAGUUAUCGGCUGAGGCAUUCAACUCAGUGAUCAAAGAGUACAACGGAACCACCAACCCGGAUGACCACUUAGCCAAAUUUGACAAUGCGGCCACACUUUAUUAUUACACCGAUGGAGUUAAAUGUCGAGUCUUCUUCACCACUCUCUUCGGAUCGGCACAACGCUGGUUCAAAAGAUUGUCGGAAGGGUCAAUCCACAACUUCAAGGACUUCCGGACGGCAUUCCUUCACCACUUUGCUAACAGCACCCGCCACCAGAAGAUGAGCGUGAACUUGUUCUCGCUCAAGCAAAGGCCUAGAGAGGCAUUGAGGGCCUACAUCCAGUGCUUCAAUCAGGUGGCGAUGGACAUCCCGACGGUCUCCUCGGAUGUGCUGGUGAAUGCCUUCACCCAAGCACUCACCGAAGGGGAGCUCUUCCGAUGGCUCAUUCGAAAGCCGCCGAGGGACUUCGACCACCUACAAAAGAAGGUGAACGAUUACAUCAACGUGGAAGAAGCCCAGGCGGCAAGGAAGAAAGAGACACCCGCCGAGCCCGCUGGAGUGUCUGAACGACGACAUAUGAGUAGUCAUCAACCCCCUAAGGGGCCUCGGUUGGGAGGAUCCCCGCCACACUAG